AAACUUAUUAAAUAGAUUUGUUCAUGACUCUCAUUGGACCGAUGAAAAUUGCUAAAGAUGCCUUAUCUUUUCGCUCCAUUGGUGCGAAGAUCAGGCCAUUGCUUUGAAGCUAAUUUGUUGCUGAGUUCACAAAUCAGGAAUAGGUUAAAGAGAUCUAACAUCAUUCAAAUUAGCGCCAGUCUUGGGAGCAAAUCUCCGAAAAGAAGACGAUUUAAAAUGACUGAUUUUUCAGAUAUUCUCUGCGGACGAACAUGGGAGUUUACAGAAGCGGGCUCGUCAUUUUUUACCAAUCCAGCUACGUUCAAAGGCGUGGAAUUUUCAGUUAUGUCCUACAACAUCUUGGCGCAGAAUCUCUUAGAAGACAACAGAUAUUUGUAUCAGAGUGUGGACCCCAGAAGUCUUGACUGGGAGCACAGAAGGUAUCGUCUACUGUUGGAACUCAGAUUCUACAAUCCACAUGUAGUGUGCAUGCAAGAAGUCAAGCAACAACACUUGAGUGAUGAACUUAGCGAAGUGUUUGCAUCUAUGGGCUAUGGAAUGGUGUAUCAGUCCAGAACAGGAGACAAACAAGACGGCUGUCUCAUAAUGUACAAGAAACAGUGCUUCAAAUUGGUUACUGAACGCAAGGUCAAAUUCUACAGGAAAGGAGUCGCUACCCUGGACAGGGACAACGUGGGAUUGAUUGUGGUGCUGUCCCCGGUGACCAGGCCAGAACUGAAAGUCUGCAUCGCCACCACGCACCUCCUCUUCAACCCCAAAAGAGGAGACAUCAAACUGGCUCAGCUCGCUCUUCUGCUGGCCGAAAUCAACAGUUGUGUGGGAAAGAAUAACAGCAGUACACCCUGUAUUCUAUGUGGGGAUUUCAACAGUGCCCCCUUCUCCCCCCUCUACAACUUCAUCACUCAGGGUGCACUAGACUACACCAAGUUCACCGGCCCACAAAUAUCAGCACAAGAGAGACACUCCUCCUCCUACGCUAGUCUGAUCAAAUCUCCUCUUGUUCCAAGUGUAGUCGGCCUGCAGGAUGAUUGUCAAUAUGCAGCUGACAACGAGGAGUGCAGUGCGGUGACUCCUAUGGGUUCCAUUCUGAUGCACAGACUGGGCCUGGUUAGUGUCUACAGUCACACCUCCCUCCGCUAUCCCCAAGUGGCAGAAGUGACGUCAUUCCACGACAGGAGUGAGGAGACACUGGACUAUCUUUUCUACACCAGCAGACACUCCACGAUGAAAGGAGCCGUGGCGCUUACUCCGCUAUGCAGACUGGGUCUUCUCACAGGGAACCAACUGAAGUCCAGAGGGGGAUUGCCAAACAAACUUCAGCCGUCAGACCAUUUGCCUCUCAUGUGUUCAUUUCUGCUGUCCAAAAAUGAAUGAGACAUAGCUGCUUGCUGAAUUAAUGGAAAAUUUUUGCGAUUUUAAAAUAUACUUAUCUCAUAGUUCAAUUCAAAUUAACUUAAGUUUAAAUUUGGCGUUCAUUUGAAGAGAAAAAUAUUUUCAUAC